GGAAUGAGAUGACUGAUGAAAAUAAUGGAAAAAAUUUAAAUUAUCCAACAUCAUUGCAUUAUGUGCACAAAGAAAAGAUGUAUGGCUCUAAAGAUGUAGGGGAUAAAACUCCAACAAAAAAGAUAGAAGUUCAUGAGAUAAAAGAUUCAACAAGUGACUCACCAGUUGGUUAUCUAUCCAAUGACUUUCAACGAACCAUUCCUUCUAUGAUGCCUAAUACUCAAAAGGAUUAUGGUUAUGGUUAUGGUUAUUAUCCAAAUAACUAUCAAUUGGAUGGUUUAACUUUCAGGGUUAAUAUUCCUGGUUUUGCGAGAAUAUAUUUGCCUAAUUUACCGAUUGAACUUCCAUUUCCAAAUGUUGAAUUACCUUUCCAUACCACUCAUAUGAUUCGUAAUGGUUACUACAUUCCUGGUAACUACUAUCAACCUAUUAUUCCUUCUUCACUACUAACUCAGAAUAAACAAUAUCACAACAUUCAAUCAUUUGGAUACCAACCUUCAAGCUUGUCAAAUAUUGAUAACUUUGAAGAUGGAAGUAUAAUAAGAAAUCGAAAAAUUAUGAGACCUUCAUCAGAAAUUGAUGGGAGAUUUUUCCAUAUGUUUCCAACAAAGACUUAUACAAUGGCAUAUGAGGAUAAAACAUGGUAUGGAGAUAUUAGUAAGAAGAAUGUGAAAGUCAAUCCAUAA